GCUCUAAGAACCUGAUGAAGAAACAGUUAUGAGUAAGAGGACCAACCUUAAACAGGAAAUGUGGAGAAGAACUCCUCUAGAGGGCUCGGACCAUCAGUGUUAUAGGGAAGACAGCGCAAGCCUCGCGGCACCGGCCGACAGCAUGGUCCCGGUCCAGGAUGGAACGACCACAGACAGACUGCUCGUUCCACCACAAGAGUCCUUGCCAUCAGGACCAGGGUCUCCCCGGGGCAGGACGAGACAGGGGUCUCCUGCACGGAAGUUGGGCACCACGAGGAGACAGAAAGACAGAAAGGAUUUCAAGGACCCUGAGAACCCAGAGGAGAGGGAGAGGAGACAUAAAGACCAGCUCAAGCCUUUAUACAAGGAGCUCCUGUACACCAUCGAGCACAGACUGGGCAAAACAACAAGCAAAAUGGAGUACAGUAGCAGUCAGCUACUGGACUAUAUCAAAGAGGCAUUUGGCAUGACGGAUGCUGAGCACGAGAGCCUGUACGACAAAGUGAAGCACGCAGAGCGGCCAGUUUAUGCUCUGAAGGUCACAGUGAAGGAGGCCAAAGAGAUUCUGGGAAAAGAUGUUAGCGGCUUCAGCGACCCUUACUGCCUGCUGAGCAUUCUGCAGAAAAGCCAGGAACCUCCGUGCACCAGCGCAGGGGCCAAACCACAGAAAGCUGUGGUGAAGGAGUUGGCCCAGCAUGGAGAAAUUUUCCAAACCGAUAUUAAGAAACAGACACUCAAUCCGAUCUGGGUUGAAACCUUUACACUGGUGUUUGAAAACAUAACCAGCGCCAAUUUCCACAUGGAAAUGAUGGAUAAAGACGAAGAGGUUUCGCUCGCUCAAAAACUCGACGAGUUCCGAACAAACUUCUACGGCCUGAAAAGGAUGAUAAAGGACGCAAAAAAGGAGAAGGGUCAGGACGAUUUCCUGGGAAAUAUUGUCCUCAGACUGCAGGACCUCCACUGCACAGAGGACAGAUGGUACAAUCUUGGACCCCAAACAGAGACGUAUCCGGACCGCGGCAAAUGCCACCUGCAGCUCAAACUGAUCCACAAAGAGAGAGACGAAACUCUGAGCGCGGGCCGAAGUCCUUACGUGAACUACAGCGGAAUCUUGCAGCAGCUUGUUCACGCGCACAUCUCUAAACAGCAGGACAGCAGGCCCUGGAAGGGCGAGAUCUGUGGGGAGGGCACCACCCUGCUGGAGCACUAUGCCACCCAGAAUGACAUCUCCCCAUUUUUGCAAGACCUAGCGAAGUGGGUGGCCUACAGUAAACUGUAUCAGAGUCUAGAGGUGGACUCCACUGUGCUGUUUCAGCAACUGACCAGCAUAGAGUACCACUGGGACCUACAGGAGCUCCCUUACCAGCAGAAACAAGAGCUAGGAGACUCUCUGCAUGGCUUUCUGAAGUACGGUCUGUGUUUAGUCUCUAAAUAUAGGGACAUAUUUCAACCAACGCCCCAAACCACCCCACGGCUACACACACUGCUCAGAGUUCUGGUCCAAAUCUGUAAAACCCGAGCCUUCCAGAAGCUCAACCCUGCUAAUUUUGACCUACACGAUGAGGUCAUCGAUGCUGUAAUUAAUGGUACAGAAGAAUGGUUUAACAUUAAAAAGGGGCUUCAUCAGCCAAUGACCAAGGAUCUGCUGGAGAGCGUUAGUGCCCUCUGUCUUUUGAUUAGGGAAGUGCAGGAGGACAUUCGUCUCAACAAGGAUGUCUGGAACAGGGUGUUUGUCAGCGCCGUGCAGUUAGAUGUGUUUACAAUAGUGUACCAGAAGUUGGAUGCACUGUUGGCAGUAGAAGUUCGAGCCACACUGUCUCAGUUAGAGGAUCACAUGGAUCAGUCUCUGGCUAACAGUCUCUUUCCCAUGUACCUGAGUCUGCAAGCCAUCCACAAAGACAAAGCGUAUCUACAGAAGAGAGGGAAACUCCUGCAGUUAACCAGCUUCCACGAGGACUUUCGGGAGGCUCUUCCUUAUUGGCUGAAUAAAGCGUUCAGCACCACCCUGGAGCGGGUGGAGAAGGCGGUGGAGGUGGAUCAGCUGCAGCCUCUCCAGACGGGGGCAGUAGCGGUGAAGCACAGCUCCUCUGCCGUGGACCUGGCCGCAUGUCUGCAACCUCUCUGGCAGUUGUGGGAACAGCUGGGCUGGCCCGACUCCGAGGAGGGAUUCAUGCUCAUGGUCAAGCUCACAGAGGAUAUGUGCAAGAUUGCUUCCUCAUACUGCCGUUUACUGAAGUCUCGGGUGCAGAGGCUUUCGGAGAACUCCGACCCUGGCAGUGCUGUCAACAUGCUGUGUGUGGUGGUCAACGACCUGGAGCAUCUGCACUCGGUGCUGAACCGUCUCCCUCAGCAGCUCAACUGGGCAGGACUUCGUGAGCGGACACGCAAUGUGAUUGGAGAGGCGCAGUUCCAGAACACACUUCCGUCCCAGCUGCAGCACACACAGGCUGUCCUGAACCGUGAGAUCCGCUCGGCUGUUGACACCCUUGGGAAGAAGAUGCACACAGACAUCGAGGCGUUCGUCCGCGGGAUGGCCACACGACACAGGCUGCCUUCCAGAUCCACGGAGGAUGCAGUGAAUCCUCUGAUGAAGUAUCUGGAGAAAGAGCUGAAGUACAUGAAUGAAAAUCUGGUACAGGAGAACUUCAGCAGUUUGUUGACUCCGCUGUGGACAAACUCAGUGAAGAUACUGCAUCAGGUCUCCCAGCAGGAGGACAGCAGUGUGAUCUACUUCCAGAGGCUGCAGUUCACACUGCAGUGUCUGGAGCAGUGCUUUCAUGCUGAAGGCAACGGGCUUCCUCUCAACACACUGCACACAGAGGAGUAUAAGGCUCUGCAAAACCACUUGAUGCUGAACUCCAUGACCUGCAAACAGCUGAUGGAGAAGUUUUUUGAGAGGAAAGUCUGGGAGCAGAAAGUGUGUCACGGCGAGAAGUACGGCGCAGUGACGCUCAUCAUCUCCUACAAGCGCUCAGAUGAGAAGCUGCGUGUAGAGGUGUUGAACGCCGUCAACCUCAUCCCCCUGGACUCUAAUGGCUCCAGCGAUCCCUUUGUUCAGAUUUCUCUGGAACCGAAGCACAUCUUCCCACAAGUUGAACCGCACUAUACCAAGAUCAUAAACUGUGAGCUCAACCCACUGUUUGAGGAAUCCUUUGAAUUUCUUGUAACAUUAGAGCAGUGCCAGUCAACAGGAGCAUGCCUGAUGGUGACAGUGCUGGACCACGACACCCUGGGAAGUGAUGACUUUGAAGGAGAAGCCUUCCUCUCCCUGAAGGCCGUGCCAGGGGUGGCUGGAGGCGGAGCCUCCCCAGACCCCGCCCCUGCACAGAUCCGCCUUCCGCUGCUGCACCCCAAACCAAACAGUGAAACCACCCUCAAGUUGCUCGAAGCAAGAAAAGGUGAGCGUGAGGCUCAAGCCUUUGUAAAGCAGCGCAGGCAGAGAGAGAAGAAGUCUCAGGAAACGUAAAACAAUGGAAAAGUAAUGAGCAAAGAAGCAAGGUAUACAACAGAUCUUAGAAAUGUGGCAACAGUUUUAGAUCUGGAUAUAUUGUUUCUGAUGCAUUUAUUUUAUAGAGCAAAAUGUAAGUGAAUUAUUCUAAAAUGUUUUGCACAAUUAUAUUAGAACAAGUGUUAGUUAUAUCUAUCAGACUUUAUACAUUGUAAUACAUUGUAUAUGACAAUGUUUUGUGCGCAUUUUUGUUAUUAAAAACCAAUCGCAAAAAAACGAGACAUUUUCAUCCAAAAAUAUACAUUUAUUUUCUUGUACAAAAUCAGAUUGAAAGACUGUAGCUGAAUGGUUCUGAGCAGAUGAUUACAGAACUCACAGUGAAGCACUGAUAUUAGGUCAAAUUCUUUCAUUUCUUCAACUUCACACUGAAAUGAACCUAAAUUAUUCUAGCACCUCUGCUCCCAGAGGAGCAGUGGAUCCCAAGAACAGAGCACCCACAAAUGUAAUUUGUCUUACCAGACUUAAGGAACUCUUAGACUAGCCUACGAUCUGUUGGAUCAGUCUAUUCAGACUGUCCUAAUACCCAACCCUAGGCAGAAGCCCACUCAUACCCUAACCUUUACUCAUGAUCUGAUAUUAAAAUUAUGAAACAUGCCCAGUACUUAUUCAAAAUGUCUGUAGUCUCAUCUGCUCCAUGGUCCUAGAAUAUUCAUAUAGAAGACGCCCUCUGUUGGGUUGCUAGAAUCAGUGCACAUAAAAGGUUGCUUAAACCAAUCUUUUUUGUUUGACACCUGUUCACACAAAAUGUCAAAAUGAAUCAAAAGCUUACAUGAAAAAGGUAGAUUUAAAAACAGACUAGUAUCUUAUUACACAGAGUCAAUAUCUUAAAAGAGAACUAUGAAUAAAUCUUCACUUUUUCCUGCCUCUGUGUUGUACUUCAUGGUUGUGGUAUGUGGACAUUAACCUGAGUGUGCCAAGCUGUGUACAGAGGUGUGUUUUCCAUCUCUGUUCAAAAAGUAAUGUUUCUCUUUAGAAAAUCAUGGGAGUUAUUUAAAACAAUAGUUAUACAAUUAAAAACAAAAGGUUUUGCAAAAGCAAUGAGGAGCUUUCAGUAAUGCUAUACAUUUUCCUUUGUUGAAGAAGUUUCAAAAUGUAACACACAAAAUCCACUAAUUGCAGAAAGAAUGCAUGUCACAAAUUCUGAUUCUGGAACAUUCCCAAAGCAUGUGUGGGAAUGUUCGGGAAACUGUUUUCUGAAUGCUGAGGCAAUAAGCUGUGAUUGUCCCACUUUACCAGUAUUUGCUGUGCUAUCAUCUGACACAGGUAGAGAAUAUCUACUAGAUAAUAAUCACAUUAUUUUCAUUGAUAUUUUAGGUUUGAAACUGAUUCUGGCAAACUGGCAAGUGUUGGUUUCCCAUACAUGGAUCAAACCUAGUCUUGGACUAAAUUGCAAAGGAAAUGGAAUCAGAAAUUCUCUUUAGAGUCUUAUGAUGAUCUGGGUGAGCAAAACUGUCCCCAAGAGUUCUUGUUCUGAAAAGCCUUUUAAUAAACUAAGAAUAUAAUUUGAAAUUACAGUAUUUAUGCAAUAAUAAUAAUACUCAUUUACACCUAAGCUCUCCCCUUCCCAAUGAAUAAACUCAUGACAAUAUGAAAAGUCUAAAUUCAGUAAAAACAGCUUUACCAUUAGUUAUUUGCCUUGGGGCUCAUGGAAAUAAAUACGAUGGCACCUGCCAAUAGCCCUAUAUGAGAAUGUGUGUGUGCGCGCGUGCAUUUAUGUGUAAGAAGCAGAAUAGGUGGCCUCAGAAUCAGAGUUAGAUCAGUAAUUGUGCUGGGUUAUUGUUAAUCAUAGUUUAAAGGAUUAAAUAUAUAUUUUUUUUUUGCAAUUUAAAGGAUUGCACGCGUCACCCAUCCGAGUCAGAUUCAGAUGGGGACCAGAACGAAAUCCCGCGAUUGUUCCUCCAGUUGCGCGUCGUUGGGAUUGGCAUAGUGCCCUCUAUCCGGUACCUAGGAACCAAGGUAGUACGCACAGUCAGCCACAUCCCAACCAGUAAGGCCCACGCAACCAGCGACAGCUGUCUCCACUGGCACCCGUCAUGUGACAUAAUAAAGGAAAAUAAUUAAGUGGGCAGGGGAAAGACGGGUCAUUAGUAAAAUGAAGGCAAAGCCAAAAGAAAAAUGUAACAAAACGCUAAAAAAAAUAAAUAAAUAAAUA